GUUUGGGAGGCGUGCUGAAGGGGAGUGUGUUGUGAAGUUAAGUGUGUGUGUGUGUGUGUGUGUGAGCGAGAGAGAUAGAUCAGAGUUGGAGAAGAGAAGUGUGCACUGGUUUUUGGUGUUCUGAAGUUUCUGUGAUUGAGUCAUCAGUUCAUCCAGAGAAUGGAGAGAUGAACAGAGGAAGGAGGCAGAGGGCUCGCACUGGGGGAUUUUAGACAGCUUCUGGUUUAUUUCCCAGCGAUGGACAAACAAAAAGAAUUCCCUGGGGCUGGUGGCCGAGUGUCGUGUUUCAGUCUCAGCUGCUCUGGAGGCAGCCGCUGCGUCUCACUGCAGGAUUUUCUGGCUCGGCUGGUUUCGGACCUGCAGGCGUUCCUCCUGGUUCUGGAUGGCGAGAACCUCAGCUACAUCGCUCAGGCCAAGAAGAAGUCCAUCUCAGAGCUUCUGUCCAAUCUGCAGGAGAACAAAGACACAGUGGUAGUGGAGGACGCAGAGUACAUGAUCAUGAACUGUCCCUCUGGAGGCCCAGCUAAUGACCUGAGGAGAAACUCGGCUACUGAUCCGGUUUCAGCUGGAAAUCCUCAUCUCGAGUGGCUUCGCUGCCCGUCUCUGGCUCCUGUGGUUCCUUCACAGCCUCCAUACAGGUUGGAGGAAGAUGAGGACUGUUACGAGGAGGCGGAGCCUUUUAUUCCAGCCAAUCAGUCUACAGAUAAACUGGACUCUGAGAGCAGUCAUUACGAGUCGUACGGUGAGGAAGACGAUGAUGUCCCUGUGGACCGAGCUCACUAUAUCCAGUGUGGCUCGUCUCAGCCCUGCCUGCGUCCUGUCCCCGAGUCUCGGCUCUGUGAGUACCUGUGGAGGAAGAAGUGGCUCGGUCAGUGGACACGUCAGCUCUUCAUCAUUAAACAAGACUCCUUACUGUGUUUUAAGUGCGCUAAAGACCUCCAGCCUCUGCUGGAGAUGAAGCUGGCGGGCUGUCAGGUGGUGUACAAGUCCAAACACAGUAAGAAGAUGCAGCAUGAGCUGAAGGUGGUGGGCGGAUCCGACACGCUCAUCCUGGGCUUCCAGAGCUGCAGCCAGGCCGAGGAAUGGAGGAAGACCAUUGAAGAGCUCAGCGGCUCUUUAUACUGCGAGCCAGAAUCCACGUGUUCCUCGUCUAUUCUGAAGAGUGAAAGACUGGAUUCUUGCAGGUCAAGCUCAGUCCUCCACACUGAUUCGGAUGAGGAGAUCCUCUCUGCUCCUUCUUCUGCUCUGAGCAGCACUGAGAUCAGCAGCUAUAAAGACAGAGCGGGGUAUCUGAAUGUGUUGAUGAACUAUCAGUGGCAGACUCUGUGGUGUCGAGUGGAUGCCGGAGUCCUGAAUCUGUUCAGUGAUGAAAGCAGUGAAGUGACGCCACAGUACACAGUGCAGCUCAGAGGGAGCGAGAUCCGCCCCGAUACACACACACACACACACCGCAUUACUAUACUCCAGCACGGAGACCAGGUGGCUGUCUUGGAGGCCAGCUGUCCUGAUGAUAAAGAGCACUGGGUCCAGCUCCUGCGGGAUGGGAGCUCUGCUGAUGUUGUAUCUCCAAAUCAACGCAACAGUCAUGAGUCACUGAGCGGUCUGAAGACUCGGACUCUCCCCAACGCUAACACGUACAUGGACGACCCCUUUCAGCAGCUCUGUGGUUCAGUCCGCGGAUCCCCAAUCUACUGCAACACCGCCUCACUGGAGCGCAUGCUUCACAAAUCCCACCCUGGUGGAAACGGAGGAUCAUCAGACUCUGCAGAAUACAGCAACUGCGACAUCUUCAGAAGCAACAGUAAGAAAGUGUAUGAGGUGGAGCGCGGUGUGCAGAAACUGCAGCUCACAGGUAAACGGGUGCAGGUGAGAGCGGGGUCAGAGGUCAACCUCGUCAGCUUGGGGAAGAAACCGGCCAAACGUUCGUCCUUCAGACAGUCACUGCUGCCCUUCUGCUCGGACAGAGCGCAGGGAGGGUUUUUGACUCCACUCUUGAGGAGAACAGCUUCAGCAAAGCUUUCUCUGGGGCGAUCUCCGUCCACUCUGUUCAUUGAACACGGUCAUGUCUUUCACAGGAGGAAGGAGUGGGAGACGAAGGCUUCGGCUUGACCCAGACUCACUCUCUGCAUCCUGUACACAUUCCUUUCCUCUUAUUAUUAUUAUUAUUAUUAUUAUUAUUAUUAUUAUUACUUGCACUGAGAAUAAUAUUAUUCCUCAGCAUGUGGAUCAUGCAUAUUUUUGUAAUUUUAUUAUUUUUUUUUUUUUACAUUUUUUGGGUCUUAUUACUUCAUAACAGAUUUCCUGAUCACAUUUUCAGCUUCUUUUCCUUCUCACAUGUCUGGAUUUAUUUAUCCUAAAAUCUCUCUGAGGAAUCUCUUAAUAAUGAGAGACACUGCAGUCUUUAGUCUCUUUAGUGUGUGGAAGUGAUUUUAGGGGUCCAAGCACCGGGUGUGAGAAUAAUUACCUCUUGGUUAACGCUCUCUCUGCAGCUCUGUGGUGAUUUUAUUCUGCUGCACAUAUUUUAUACAAAUCUCUUUUUUUAACGAAGUGCCUUAAUGAUUCAUUUUUUUAAUUAUCUUUUUUUAAAGAUGCAUGGAGUCGUGUUCAGUGUCAGUGUAGGAUGUUUUUUAUUGCUAUAAUGUAAAAUGGAUAUCUGUGAUGAUGAUGAAUCUGUUUAUAAUAUUUGUAUAAUAAAUAAACCAGCGUUUG